AUGUUACCUCAAAUGCCAAUGCUAUCGUCUACGUUUGUAACCGAUGGACAAACAACAGCUGUAACAAAACCCGUGUCAUCGGAACAACUCAUCCCCAAUACAGUUGGUCAGCUUCAAUGUAUGAGCCACAGCAACGCUAAACAUUCCUACUUUCCAAGUAACGCGUAUCUUUGCUCACCAGCAACAAAUCAAGCCGUGUACACCUGCAGUAAUGAAGAUAUCAGCGAACUGUUCAAGAAAACAUCACCACAAUUCACCGAAAAUGUCCUGAUUUAUCAGUACAAAACUGAAAUCAUCGCAAAACCAAAGUAG